UUCGGCCAUUGUUACCAUAUGUUGAGAAAAUUAAUAUGCAAAAAUUAAACAAGAAAGAUGCCACAUUGUUUGACCGUUCUCUUGACCUAUUUUCAAAACAAAGGUACCAACAAAGCCUUAAAUUAAUCCGUUUAUUAUUAAAGAAAAAACCACAGCAUGCGGAGUGUCUUGCUGUGGAAGCUUUGAAUUUGGUAAAGCUUAAUAAUCACGAAGAGGCCUUAACAAAAAUGAGCACUGCGAUUGAAUUGAAUGAUUCCUCAAAACUUUGUCUUCACGUUGCAGCCAUUGUGCACAGGGAAAAAAGAGAUUACCAACGUUCGCUUUAUUUUUACCAAAAAGCUUUACAUAACGCAUUAGAGGAAGACUUGGAAAACCUCUUGUAUGACAAAACGUUCGUGUUAGCACAGGUUCAAGAUUAUGCUGAACUGAAAACUACUUGCGCUUCACUUUGUCGACUAAAUGCAAAGAAUGAAACUUAUCACAUUGCUUUGGCCCAUGCAGCUUAUCUUAAUCAAGAUUACUCGCUUGCAAUCCAAACUUUGAAAAUGAUUUUGAAUACGUUUACUAUAGAAGAAAGAACGAACGCAAGGGUUCUGACUCUUCUAAUUAGUCUAUUGCUUCAACUGGGCGAUAGUUCUACGGCAGAUGCUUAUUUAAGUAAGUAUGAGCAAAUGAUUUUGCCAAAGGAAACUCUGUUUCGGCUUCGCGCGAUGGUUUUUGAAAGUAAAGGUCUUUAUAGAGAUGCAUUUUAUACACGUCUAGUCUUGUUACGAAAAAAUCCUAGUUGCAAGACCUACCUUGAAGAUUGUAUAUCGUGCAUACAACAUGUAUUUGACAUGUCAAACUUAAAAUCGGUAAUUCAGUUUUUUGAUGUAUUGAAGCAAAAUUUAUCUUCUGAAGCCUUUAUGUUUUCUAUCCACAGUCUGCAAUAUCUAACAACGGAGCCGCAAAUAUUUAAAGAAAUUACCAUGCAGAUUCUCGAAAUGGCAAAUUCUAGGAAUAUUAUGCUGUUUCCUCUAAUCCAAGAUUUACUAGAACAACGAAAACAGCUUGUGUGUCUUGUUAAGGAUUGUGUUCAUGAAUAUUUGAACAAUCUUCAGACUACAAAGAUGCACCCUACGAAGUUCCUGAAUGCUUUGGUUUUUCAAAGUUGCUGUUACGAAACCGAGGGAGACUUAAAUUCCGCCUUGCAAAAAAUAGAUGAAGCAAUAUGUCACUCUCCAACGUUACCGGAUCUCUAUGUACUAAGGGCAAAACUCGUUUUCAAGCUUGGACAUCUUGAAAAAUCUUUAACAGACCUCUCCAUAGCACACGAACUUAAUUAUGCCGAUCAACCAAUUGCUAUAGAAUUAGCGAAGACAUUAUUAAAAUUGGACAAAAAUCAAGAUGCGUACGAAGUACUUGCACGCUUCACUAAGGAUGAGUUUAAUGGUGUCAUUGGAUAUUUACGAUCUGUUGAGUGCUUAUGGUUCUUUGUUGAAGAUGGUGAAUCUUUAGAAAGACAAGGCAUUUAUCACACUGCACUCAAACGAUUUUACACUGUGCUUGAAAUAUUGGAAGACCAUGAUACGGAGAGAUUUGAAUUAUACCCUGAAUGUUCAGAAAGACUCCUUUAUGAAGAAUAUGAUAGCCUCGUGAAUAUGUGUAAUAAACUUUGGGACUCUGAGGAAUAUCUUCUAGCCGUAGGAGGAGCCCUCCGGAUUUUAUUGAAGGUUAAUGACACGCCAAAUUCAAAAUACGGAAAGGAUCAGGCGUAUUUUGAAAGCUUGUCAGAUGCAGAGAAAUAUACAUUCGAAAAAAAAUGCUUAUCCGAUGCUAAAAGAAAUUUCGUGACAGAAGAAAAGAGAACUAUUCUGAAGGAAUCAGGUAAUGAGGUCAACAGUUAUACAGUGGACAAAGAUCAUGAUGGUACAAUGCUUAUUCGUUCAAAGCAUCCACUUCGGAUAGCACUGAGAUUUUUGAAAAGGAUCAAUUGGGAGUCUGUUGAUAUAAAUCACUGUGUCAGAAAACUCGGUACAGCAGUAUACGAGCGUUUGGGAUUCCAUCAAAAAGCUGCUUUCUUAGCACCCAUGAAUAACAUAAAUAAAUUAUGACGAGCCAAAACAACAUUAAUUAAAUACUUUAUAGUAAUCUUUUGUAAGUCUAAUGAUCCUCUUCCAUCUCAUCUUCAGAAGUUUCCCAUUCUUCUUCAAUGGCUUCUUCAAUUGCACCACUUUCGUCAACAGAAGGAAGAUUCAACGUGUCCAGUACGCUUAAAACUUCCUUUGUAUGAUUUAGUAUUCCCUCAUCAUCCCAGGCUGUCUUUUCAUAUGUAGCAAGUGUAAUCAAGAAAUAAGAUCUCGCAUCAACCAGCAAA